AUGAAUAUCCUACCCUCUCAGCAUAGUACCCUGGGACCCGUGGGACCUGUGGGACUUGUGGGACCUUCGGUAGGGUUGCAAACGCAACCCACACCUCAGCAACAACAACAACAACAACAACAGCAGCAGCAGCAACAACAAGCACAGGCUUCGCCAGCAUCGGCGGCGGCCACUGUUGCCGCUACUCCUGCUCAACCCAUCGUUCAGGUACAAGUACAACCACAAAUUCCGGCAGAUCCAGUAACCCAGUCAAUGGCAGAAACUUGGCUCUCGAUCGCAUCUUUGGCCGAAACCCUGGGAGAUGCAGAUAGAGCAGCCAUGGCCUAUGAUGCAACGCUACAAUACAAUCCAUCGUCAACAAAAGCCCUCACAUCACUUGCGCAUCUAUACAGAUCGCGUGAUAUGUUCCAACGGGCUGCAGAGCUGUACCAACGUGCUUUAUCGGUAAACCCAGAACUAGGCGACAUUUGGGCAACGUUGGGUCACUGUUAUUUGAUGCUUGACGAUUUGCAACGUGCAUACGCUGCUUACCAACAAGCACUAUAUCAUUUGAGCAAUCCUAACGUACCAAAACUGUGGCACGGUAUUGGGAUCUUGUACGAUCGGUAUGGGUCCUUGGACUACGCAGAAGAGGCCUUCGCCAAAGUAUUAGAGCUCGAUCCGCAGUUCGAAAAGGCGAAUGAAAUUUAUUUUAGACUGGGCAUCAUUUACAAACACCAAGGUAAAUGGAAUCAGGCUUUAGAAUGUUUUAGAUACAUUCUGACGCAACCACCUGCCCCAUUACAAGAAUGGGAUGUGUGGUUUCAACUGGGAAGCGUCUUAGAAAGCAUGAGCGAGUGGCAAGGUGCUCGGGAAGCAUACGAGCACGUACUACUCCAAAAUGAGCGACAUGCAAAGGUACUUCAACAAUUGGGGUGUCUGUAUGGAAUGCAAAAUGUUCAAUUCUACGAUACUCAAACCGCGCUCAACCUUUUGCUCAAGUCGUUGGAAACUGACUCAACGGACGCUACUACCUGGUACCAUUUGGGUCGUAUACAUAUGGUCAGAAAUGAUUAUACUGCCGCAUACGAUGCGUUCCAACACGCUGUUAAUCGGGACUCUAGGAAUCCAAUAUUUUGGUGCUCUAUUGGUGUACUGUAUUAUCAAAUUUCUCAAUAUCGAGAUGCUCUCGAUGCUUACACCAGAGCUAUUAGAUUGAACCCAUACAUCAGUGAGGUUUGGUAUGAUUUGGGAACACUUUACGAGACUUGUAAUAAUCAGCUUACGGAUGCUUUGGAUGCGUAUAAACAAGCGGCUAGGCUCGAUACAAAUAAUGUGCAUAUUCGGGAAAGGUUAGAGGCUCUGACCGAACAAUUGGCCAACCAAUCCAAUGGGGGUAGUGUUUUACCUCCUCAACCAAAGCCACAGACUGUCUCGAAUCCUCCACCCGUGAUGUUGCAACCAACCUUGCAAUCUACCGACGAUGGCAAUCCUCUGAAUAAAUCUUCAGUUUAUGUCCAACCUCAGGUACCGGGUCAAAUGCAACCUACUUUACCAGCCCACUUGCAAACUCAUGUGCAAGCUCAGGUACCUCCUCAGCAAUUAGCUCCUCAGCAGCAAUCUCCUCAACACCCACCUUUGGCGCAACCGCAGCUUCCACCACAACCGCCCCAAUUAGCCGUGCAUUCACAUCCACAAGCACACCUGCGGCAUCAGUACCCGCAAGUUCCCCAGCCUUCAGGUCUUUCGUCUGUCGGUAGCACGUUAAGUCCAUUCCGCGAUGUAAAAGGCUCUAUGAACCCUAGUUCAUUACCUCAAAUUAUGAAUCCAACUGUUCAUACUGCCGCUGCCGCUCCUACUCUACCUCAAAAGAGGCCUAUAGAGGCGGGGAUGGACACGCUUGUGAAUGCGGCUGUUUCCAAUGCGGCUACGCCUUCUUCAGUGACUCCAACCACGGUCGGAAGUCGGAAAGCGUCCAUUGCCUCAGAAAGCUCACAACCGAAAAAACACAAGCGCAACGCUUCUACUUCCAAGCAACCACGCAAUCAAUCUCCACAAUCCUCCACUAAACCCAGGACGGUAUCCGUUGCUUCUGUUUUAGAUCAAGACUCUACGCAAACGCCUACACGGGCUACUGGACAAUCCGCGCCGUCUACUCAGGCCGCUGCACAAACACCAGCACAAACACCUGUGCCAACGCCCUCGGUGGUUGGCGAUGAGGAGACCAUUUCGGCUCAAGGUCGUUCGGGUGCACCACCAAUCACAAACGCUUCAGAAGGGCCAGAGGAAGCCCCAGCGCCUCUUGCAAAAGAGCCUGAAGGUGAUGCCCCGACUGCUGAACCCCCAGUAGUACAGGAAAACUCUCAAACUCAGAUCACUGAUAGAACUACAGAGUCCGAGCAGACACAACCUGAUACUACUGCGUCGCAACCUGAGGCCAAUCCUCCGUUGCCUGAAGAUCAGACCGUUAUUAAGGCGAGUCCUGAUGCAAUUGAGAAACUUCGUGAAGAAGCCGAACUACGGAAAGAGGAAGAGCAAGAAUCGUUGCUCAACGAGCCUGAAUCCGGCCAGAACGGCGACUCGAAGCCUGCCGUUAACGAAAGAGCUGUGCGCGAGGUCGAAGAAGAUGAAAACUAUGACGAUUGA